AUGUUGGCUUUCGAAGAGUAUUGCAGGCGUACUCCAUUGCUUCGCGCCGUGGCCGUGUGUGUGCUGACCCCCGUUCCUACGUUGAUGCUCGUGAUAUUGGUCGAGUGUCUCCCUCUCCGACCACCUUCCGACGGGCCAACAGCGAACUACGCGUUUUGGGUCCGACACCUGAUCCUAGUGACGAUCAUUAUGGUCGCUGUCGGAUUCCAGGCAAAGUCGUGGAUCUUGGGGAUCCCUCUGACCCCUCAGCGAGUUCUCGGAAUCGCUUUGUGCAGCUCCACAAUCUCUACUCUAGGAGACCUGGCAGUCGCAAGGUUGUGGACUUUCCCCGUGCCGUUUUGUGCUGUUUUGGGUACUCCAGUGCGCGCGGUUGUUCUCAUUUGUGUCUAUGUCAGCGUUGUGGGGAGAAAGUCGCUGGCAUCAAUUGAGAAUAGUGGACUGCAAUUGCAACGAUUUCUGAGGCUUCUUUGCGCGCAGGGGUCUGCCAUAGUAAUUUAUCCGGCAUAUCACGCGGUUUUUCUCGCUGUGUCGACCACUAUCCGACGACUGUCGCUUGUAUUUCUCCCGAUCAUGGACCUCGUGGUGAAGAAAGUGAUCAUAGCCAAUGGAUUGCAUUUGGAGGAUCGACUACCGGAGGUGGUAGUGUUCACGGUGGAAGUCUCGGAUGGGCUCUACACAGUUUUGUGUAUGCAGAGUGUGAAUUCGUUUGUGAUCGUGGCUGCCUUGAUUCUGGUGCUCAACAUUCAAGUCGCGAUGGCGUACCGGACAAUGAAAGGAACAACGCAUACCAUCCGCACGUAUCUACUCGAGAAUCCAGAUUCUACGACAACCUCUGCUGUCUCGGCAGCAGUACAUUUCGUCGAGACCCCCACCCUACUAGACCCCUCGGGGUUACGACAGAUACGCAUUUUCUCGGGGGCAAAAUACAAUAUUUCCUCCGCGAAGGAAAGGCUGCUGCACAAGCUGGCCGCGUGUGCUGUUAACACCAAGCGUGAAAUCACCAGAACGAAAUCC